CUUAUUUUAUUACAUUUGUGAUCUGUUUCGCGGUGGGACGCCUGUGAAACCUAAAACCAACCACUUGGGUUUGCAGUGGUGCAUUGUGGGUAUUGAUGUUUGAGGUGGUCACGUUUCGGAUCCAGCAUGGCAGCGAAGCAGAAAAGGCAUUUACAGGACCUCAGUAUGGAAGAGUUCAUGCUGUCAGGUUUGGACUCUGGCAGUGAAAGUGAAGCUGAUGGAGAGACUAAACAGCAGAAUGGACUCAAAACAAACAAAAAGCCGAAAGAGCUGGAAUCUGACGCCCACACGACGGAUGCUGCGAAGCAGGGUAAAGCCACUGAGCACAAGAAGCAACUGUCCAGGUUACAAGACAAAGAUCCAGAGUUCUACAAGUUUCUGCAAGCAAAUGACCAAACGCUCCUAAACUUCGAUGACACAGACAGCUCUGAAGAUGAGGAUGAGAGAAAGUAUCACAGACUGCCAAGUGCACUGGAGGCGGCUGGCUCUGAGGAUGACGAAGAGGAAGACGAAGAGGGUCCGAAAGCUUCGAAGAAAUCCAAGAAGGCGGUGGAGGUCAUCAAAGUCACAGACAAAAUGAUUAAAGACUGGAAAACUUCAAUGAAGAAGGAGCCCAACCCCCGUCUCUUCAGGGAAGUCACUCAGGCCUUUAAGGCUGCUGUGUCUACAACCAAGGGUGAAGGAGGGGUUCAGUGUCGAUACAAGGUUGCUGACAGCUCAGUGUUCAACGGCCUGGUCUUGUUCUGUAUCAGAGAUAUUUAUGGGGCCCUGCAGAAGAUGCUCAACUUGAAGCCAGAUAAAGACCAUAAAAGGUUAGUGCUCCCGUCGUCUAGUCCGAGGUGGCAGAAGAAUCAGAUUGACAUCAAGAUGUAUCUCAGUGGAGUAGUUCAGCUGUUAUCCUGUCUGACAGAGUCUACAGUCAUCAGUGCAGUCCUGCGGCACGCCAACCAGCUCGUGCCUUAUUACCUUUGUCUACCCAAACAGUGUCGUCACCUGGUGAAGCAAUUGAUGAAGCAGUGGAGUACAGGGGAGGAGACAAGUCGGGUUCUCUCCUUCCUGGCACUCAACAAGAUGUGCAGACACAAGCAGGAAACGUAUCUUAACCCUAUUCUCAAGCAAAUGUACAUUUCCUAUGUACAAAACUGCAAGUUCACAUCUCCCAACGCACUGCCCAUGAUCAACUUCAUGCAGCGGACCCUUACGGAGAUGUACUCCCUGGACACACAGGCCUCUUACCAGCACGCCUUCAUCUACAUCCGACAGUUGGCCAUCCACCUCAGGAACGCCAUGACCAUGAAGAAAAAGGAAACGUACCAGUCGGUGUACAACUGGCAGUAUAUCCACUGUCUGUACCUGUGGUGUCGGGUCCUCAGCACCUUGUACCCAAGUGAUGUUCUCCAGCCUCUGAUCUAUCCACUAUGCCAGGUCAUACUCGGCACCAUUAAACUGGUGCCCACAUCGAGAUACUACCCACUGAGGAUGCAUUGUUGCAGAGCCCUCACCCUGCUGUCCAGCAGCACCAACACAUUUGUACCUGUGCUGCCCUUCCUCCUGGAGAUCCUUCAACAGGUGGACUUCAACAAGAAACCAGGGCGAAUGAGCAAGAAACCCAUCAACUUUGCAGUCAUCCUGAAGCUGAGCAACGUCAACCUGACAGAGAAAGCAUAUAAGGACGGGUUGAUUGACCAGCUGUAUGACCUCAUGCUGGAACACUUCCACACGCAGUCCAGCUCCAUCGGGUUCCCAGAGCUCGCCCUGCCCACCAUCAUUCAGCUGAAAGCGUUCCUGAAGGAAUGCAAAGUGGCCAAUUACUGCAAGCCAAUGCGCCAGCUGCUGGAAAAGGUACAGGAGAACAGCAGCCACAUCACAGGACGGAGACAGAAGGCGGCAUUCGGAGUGGCCGAUGCCACUGCUGUGGCGGCAUGGGAGAAGCAGAUUCAGGAGGAGGGGACUCCCCUCACCAGGUACUACAGCCAGUGGAAGAAGCUGCGGGAGAAGGAGAUCCAGCUAGAAAUCUCUGGCAAAGACAGGAUGGAGGAUCUGGAUCUCCCUGAGAUCAAACGCAGGAAAGUUCAGGAGAAGAAGAUGGAGGACAAGAAGGAAUUCAAGGAUCUAUUUGAAUCAGAGAGUGGAUCGGACGAAGAUGAUGGAAAACUAAAAAUCAAAGGGAAAACGGGCCGCCAAGGGUAUGACGAUGAUUAUGAUGAAGACAUGUCUGACAUGAGCGAUGAAGAAGUGAUGGGCGGAGACUCAGAUGACCAGGAUGAGGAAGUGGAUGAUGAGGCUCCUCAGCCGAUGUCGUCCUCUGCUCUGACAAAGCUGGCAGAAGGAGAUGAGGAUCUGGUGGAGGACUUGGAGCUAUCUGAUGAUGACUGAGGUUCAUUAAUGUUCACCUGAAAGACUUAAGCUCUCCACCGUAUCAACAUUUAGAGUAAACCUUUUGUAUUACUUCACCUGUACAGUAAAAAAAAAAUGUUCAUGAUGUAAUGUGAUCAAGAUUUGAAAGUUAAUAAAUCCAAUCAUUUCCCUUA